AUUUAUUUUUUGAAAUUUGAAUUUCUUCACCAGAGGUCACUAUGUGAUUUGACGCCAAAUGAUAAAUCGUCCAGGCCCAAUCAGUGUAGGAAUGUUAGACCGAUUUACAGAUAACAAAUUCAAAAUAAAACUAGCACGUGAUGCUUAUUUUGGUUCAGAAAGUAUUUAAAAUUUUGUCGGAAAUGAAUGUUUUUCAAUGAAAGGUAACUUGAACAGUUUAACGUUAACUGAAUUUAAGCCUAACGUAAAUGGCAAUAAGCAGACGAUGGUUGGAAUCGGAUAAAAGGAAUUUGUGCGGUUAUCCGUUGUAUACGUUUGUAAAUUUAUAAGUAAAUAUGAUUAAGUUAACGUCGAAGGACUGAUUGAGUAACAAGGUAAAAAUCAAAUCAACGAUGGAAUCAGGAUUAUAGUGGUGCCUUGCAGAAUGCCGUCUAAAAAGCAGUACAAUCUAGUUAACGAUGAUGCCUAUGAUAGUAGAAUACCUCUGCAUAACGAAGAAGCCUUUCAACAUGGGAUAAGUUUUCAAGCGAAGUACAUAGGUACUUUAGAUGUUCCUCGUCCUAGUAGUAGAAUGGAAAUUGUGGCAGCUAUGAGAAGGAUACGGUAUGAAUUCAAGGCUAAAGGAAUAAAAAAGAAAAAAGUUACAGUAACUGUAUCAGUUGAUGGAGUUAAAGUUAAUUUAAGAAAAAAGCAAAAGGUAAGCCAUUUGUUUCACUUUUAAUAAUUAAUAAUGUUUGAUAUACAACCAGACAAAAAAUUUUCAAUCAGCACAAAUUUU